AUGUCACUAAGUUAACUGUCAGGAAAGCAGGGAAUAAAUUAUGCAAGUAAGAUGUUUUUUUAAUAAGUUCAAGAGAACUCAGACAUAAAAAGUCUCCAAAUGAUUAAUAGUCAUUUGGGUUAUUUGAGGAUAUGAACAGAAACAAUUUAUAAUAUAUUGAAUCAUUAAUCUAGAAACGAAAACCUAGUGUAGAUCUAAAACAUCAAAGAGCUAAAUCAACACUUGAUAAUAAAUAACAUUCAUAUAGGCAUGGUACACCUAUAAAUGAUAUGGAGGAAUUGGAAGGAGAAAAACUAUUUGAUUAAUUUUUUAAAUUAAACAAUUCUAAAAGUGACAGUGAUUUUAUGAAGGAAUCUAUAUAAAGAGAUAGUGUAAAUAAGAAUAAUGAGAAUGAUUUUCUUAAAUUUGUUGAGAAUGCUAUUGAAUAUCAUAAACAUUCAGAUGUUAGAUUUUUCAGACUUUCAGUUAAUAAAUAAUCUCAUUUAGAAUAAAAAUUAAAAGAAACAACAUUAUCUAACAGACUCUUAGCUAAUUAAUUAAAUUAAUAUAAAUAGAAAGAAAUUGAUCUCAAAAGUAAGAUUAAAAUGAUGUAAAAGGAAUUUUCAAUUUAAUAUUAAAAAUUAGUCUAAUAAAAUUCUUGGCUUGAAGAAUUAUUAGCUAAAUAGAAAAUAGAUAAUCAAAAUUCAUUAUUAGCUGUUAAAAAGACAGUUGAAAUGUUAUAAAUAAAAUGUAAAUGUCAAAAAGGAAAUCAAUUAUGUGAUAAAAUAUUAAGAGAUGUUAAGAAUUAAGAAAGAGUAAGAUAAUAAUAUGAAUGGGAAAAUGAAUCUAAACCAACACAUUCAUCUUCUGAAUUAAGUAAUAAUACUUAAGAAGAAGAAUUAGAGGAUUCCACUGAUUUCAAUUAUUAAUUAUAUGAUAAGAAUAGAAGGAAAUCUAUCUCAAAAGUAUGUCAUAAUUCAAUAUAAUCAUCAGAAGAAUAAUAGGAAUAAUUAGUUUAAAGCUUUAUUAAUGGAAAAAGUAAAAAUCUAAGAGAGUUUCCUAAGGAUAUGUUUCUUAGAAAAAAAUAAACACCAGAUCCUUAUUAUAUUGAAGAAGAGAAUACCAUUAAUAGUAACUGA